AUGACGCGGAAGGCGGUGACCUCGAUACUGCAGACCGCGGGAUGGACAUGCAAGCAAUGCAGUCUUCGAGCCCGACCGUCGAAUUCGCCGCGGUUGGGCAGGACUCACGCCCAGUCAAGAGCAUUAUCAGCUACGACAUACAGGCGCGCAGAGAUUGCUACAGACGCCACUUUACAACAAACACCAUUCGAAGUCGUCGCAGCUCCUCCUAUUGAAUUCGACAAGAAGAACACCGUCGGCGAAGCUGCGCGUCUGGUGCCAGCAUCUCCGUCCUACUUCACGACCUCGCCAGUAUUCAACGACGUGCUACUACGACUGACGCAACUCUACGAGAAGCAUGGAAAACUACCGACGGUGUCCGCAGAAAAGGCGCCUGCGAUCGCAUUCCUGAAUUUGAUGCAGUUCCGAGGAAAUAUGUCAGAAAAGAUCGGCGCAGCCAAAUACUCGAAAGUCAUUGCCCUGCUGAAGAGACUGAAUCUUAUCAAUCCAAAAUUUCGACCUGCUGAGGUCCGCAUGGUUUUGGAAGAAUUCCGCAGACCCGGGACCGAAGCCGUUGAAGGCCCUCGACCGAAGACGAUAGACGAGUUUGGUCGAUCGAAAGGUGUUGGGCGGCGGAAAUCGGCCGUGGCCCGAGUUCAGCUAAUCGAAGGCGACGGUCAGAUCAUCGUGAACGGCAAACCUCUUACCGCGGCCUUCCCGAGGCUACAUGACCGCGAGAGCGUGAUCUGGCCUCUCAAGAUUACGGAUCGCAUGGAGAAAUACAAUGCCUUCGUCGUCGCGUCUGGAGGUGGCUCGACUGGGCAGGCCGAAUCGAUCACCCUCGGCAUGGCUAAUGCUUUGAUUGUACACGAGCCUGCAUUGAAGCCGAUCCUGCGUAUGGCUGGUUGCGUGACACGGGUGAUGAAGCGUGUGGAACGCAAGAAGACCGGCCGUGUCAAGGCUCGGAAGAGACCAGCUUGGGUCAAGCGUUAA